UCAUUAGUUUAGUUCUGUAUCAGUUUUCCAUCUAACCGGUGGUCUCUAAUCAGUACCUGCAGUAAUCAGUAACAAUUCGCAAUUGUAAACAAUUGAAACGUGCGCGAUUUCUAUAUGAGAAAUCCUAAUUCGUGUUUAGUGCGACGAUUUUAAUUUACGUCCAAAUGUCGCGUGUGGAUUUAUACAGACAGAUUCUUCGACAAUAUUUUAGGGAUGCUUCUGGUAAAGCCGCUGGUAUGACUGAGGAUAAAUUCGCCCUGUACGAGUCUUCCAGAACGGAUAGUGGUUUUAUUUCGGGUGAAAUAUCGGAAGAGCAAUCCCAACUGUUAUCGGGAGAUAUCGAAGAAAGUGUUAAUAAAGAAGACAUGCAAUUGCAGUUAGACGGUGGCGUAGUCUUGUCAUUGUCUGAGAAUUUCUCAAGUCUAAGCCUCAAGAAUCCAGAUCUAAACAAUCUCAAUUCAACAAUCAUCGAAACGAAACCCGAACCAAAAGUGCCCUGGGAACUCUACUACGAACAAGAUGAAGAUGGAGAUACGUUGCUUCAUUCGGCUAUAGUUCAGGGGUUCCUUGAAGUGGUACUGGCGAUAAUUCGGGCAGCUCCCAGACCGCAUCUGCUGGAUACGCCAAAUGACGACGCGCAGUCACCCUUGCAUUACGCGGUUGCGACCAAACAAUGGAAGAUCGUUAGGUGGUUGAUCGUUGCCGGUGCAAAGCCCUCGCCGAGAAAUCGGCAAGGUGAUUCACCUCUGCAUAUUUGCGCCAGGACUGGAGAUGUGCAAAGCUGUAAGGCCAUCACUGACCCCGUCACACAAAACGAACGAGAUGCCUUAGUUUUGAAUUAUCCCGCACAGCCCUAUCAACCUUGUCAACUUGAUCAAUGGAAUUACGAUGGCCAAACGUGCAUACAUGUAGCGGCAGUAUACGGUCAUAUCGACGUUCUUCGUCACCUAGUUUGGAAUGGUGCCGAUGUAAACGCGAGGGAAGGCACGAAGGGCUUCACCGCGCUCCACUACGCGCUCGAGCGAGUCGACGAACAGAUGGUCCACUUCUUACUAUACGAAUGUAAAAAGUUAAAUCCAAACAUUUUAACCUACGGCCAACGAAGUGUUCUACAACUUGGUUUUCCGGUGCCUUCUGCUGUUGCAGAAGCUUUACGCUCGCGAGGUGUAGAAUCCCCAUUUACCAGUGACAGCGAAUACGAAGAGGAUAGCGAAGAUGAGCUCCCAUACGAUAACACGAAUAUUUAUAAAUCAUCAAUAAUUCAAGCGAAUAAGCGUCAGCUCCUAACUGUGCCUUCAUUUGGCAGCGAGGAAGAGAUUAAGAAGUUGCCAAAAAACUUUUCUGUGAUCCAAGAAUUGAUAAUAAUGGACCAAGUUGCCGCACUAAAAGAUAAAGGGAAUGCGGCAUUAGCAGAAAAUAAGUUUGAGGAAGCUAUUAAAUUUUACACAGAAGCCAUAAGUUUAGAUGCUAGCAAUCACGUUUUAUAUUCAAAUCGGUCUGCGGCAUACGCGAAAUCUAACAAGUAUGAUGAGGCAUUAAAAGAUGCCGAAAAGACUGUGGAACUUAAACCCGAUUGGGGCAAAGGGUAUUCUCGUAAAGGAUCUGCUUUAGCGUAUUUAAGACGAACAGAUGAAGCAAUUGCAGCAUACGAAAAAGGUUUAGAAGUAGAUCCGAACAAUGCACAACUUAAGGAGGGACUGUCCGAAGUGCGGUCACAAAAAGAAUUCAAUAGUAACAAAGGCUUUCCUAACCCAUUUGCCGGACGGGAUGUAUUAAUGCGAUUACAGUUGGAUUCAAGAACCAAAGAGUAUAUGAAUGAUCCUUCCUUUGUAAAUUUAAUAAAACAAAUACAAAUAAAUCCCAGCUUGCUCACACAAAACUUGCAAGAUUCUCGUAUAAUUACAGCUUUAGGUGUUCUGAUGGGCUUCGAUAUGAGCCAAGAAGAACCAAUGGAUACAGAACCGCCUUAUACACCGCCUCCAAAAAAACCUGAACCGAAACCCGAACCCAAAAAAGAGCCUGAACCCGACUUACCAGAAAACAAAAAACUAGCAAAGGUAGAGAAGGAGCUCGGCAACGACGCUUACAAAAAAAAAGACUUCCCCAUCGCCAUUACGCAUUAUGAAAACGCACUUAAACAUGACCCCACCGAUAUAACCUUUUACAAUAACUUAGCGGCAGUUUACUUCGAACAGAAACAGUACGAAACGUGCAUCGCGACGUGCGAAAAGGGUAUCGAAGUUGGAAGAGAAAAUCGCGCCGACUUCAAACUAAUCGCGAAAGCGUUCAUGCGUAUCGGUAACGCGCAUAAGAAGAUGAAAAAUUACGAGAGCGCAAAAAUCGCGUACGAAAAGUCCAUGUCCGAACAUAGAACUCCAGAAAUCAAGACCUUGCUGUCGCAAGUUGAGAGAUUCAUUAAGGAAGAGGAACGAAAGGCGUAUGUAGAUCCCGCAAAGGCAGAGGAGGAAAAGGAAAAGGGCAACGAGAUGUUCAAGAAAGGGGAUUACGCAGCGGCCGUUAGACACUAUACAGAAGCGGUCAAAAGGAAUCCGGAUGAUGCAAAACUGUACAGUAAUCGCGCCGCUUGCUACACUAAGCUUGCCGCUUUUGACCUGGGGUUAAAAGAUUGUGAAAAAUGUGUAGAGCUCGAUCCAAAAUUCAUUAAGGGUUGGAUACGGAAAGGAUGCAUUUUACAGGGUAUGCAACAGGCUAGUAAGGCGAUUGCCGCAUUCCAAAAGGCAUUAGAAAUAGAUCCUAAUAACGCCGAAGCCCUACAGGGUUACAGGCAGUGCACUUUAGAAAAUGCAGGCGUCGGCGGCGAUCCCGAGAAAAUCCGACAGCGUGCGAUGGCCGACCCGGAAGUUCAGUCGAUUCUACGCGAUCCGGCGAUGCGAAUGAUUUUAGAACAAAUGCAAAACGAUCCCAAAGCUGUUCAAGAUCAUUUAAGAAAUCCGGACAUCGCGGCCAAAAUACAAAAGCUCUUAGAAUCCGGAUUGAUAGCUAUACGUUAAUUUCUCAUGUAUUGUUUUUCAUGUGCUAAACUGAAUAAUGGAAAAACGAGCGUUUCUUGUUAGCUUUUAAGUUGCCUUAUGUUAAUAUAAUUUUUCAGUAUGUUAGAAUGUUGAAAUAUUAGCACAGGCCUUUCCAUUUUAUAAUCUAUUGAUAUCCAUUGUUAGAAUCAUUCUACCAAUAAAUUUAUCACGCGUCGGUAGUAAAAGUCA